AUGGGCCCCUGUACCGCCUCCUCAUGCUGCUGCCAGGCCCGUAAUCUGCCAUGGGCCCCCGUACCGACUCCUCAUGCUGCUGCCAGGCCCGUAAUCUGUCAUGGGCCCCUGUACCGCCUCCUCAUGCUGCUGCCAGGUCCAGAGUGUGUCAUGGGUCCCUGUACGGCCUCCCAUUGCUGCUGUCUCCAUCGCCACACUCUGCCAUGUGCCACUUUCAGGUCUCCUCACACUGCUGGUGGGUUCCAUUUUUGUCAUAGGGUGCUGUAUGGCCUCCCAUUGCUGCUGCCUCCACCGCCACACUGUGGCUCCACACUCUGGUUUUGGCCCCGUGACUGCCCAAAUGAGUGAAGUGUGCGGUGAUUCUAAGAUCGACGGCACUCAUCUGCAUGUCAUAUACUGACUGACAGUAUUAUUUCUCUUCCCCAGCAGACUCCAAGGGCAUUUAAAUUAAAGGUACAGUGUUUCUGCACUAAUAUAA